AUGCGCCAUAAUUUGUGAAGGAAUGAUUUAGUGUAAUUCUACUAAUAUUUGUAUUUCAUAUUAUCUGUAAUGCAUUGCUGAGCUUGACUUCGAUCUAAUGUAUUUUUCAUUCGAUGGAUUUGGGACGGGGAAUUAUAUUUAUAUGCGACUGUAGAUUGAGAGUGGGGAUAAACUCAAAGAUACGCAGAAUCGGUAUGCACCUAGAGACGGGCUUCUAGGUUGUAUUUUAGCGACUGUCGGUGAUGUUAUUUGAGGUUAUUUAACAACGCACGGCAAUGAAGACGUUUCCAAUAACCAACGAUGCGGGGAAAUAACAGUACAGAAAACACGUGUCGCUUAUGCUUGGCAAAAGUUGACGAAAAAGAAUUUAUACCAAUAUUUCCCCAAAAGUAUCUGAAUGGCGUAUCACUCGUCAUGAAGAUUAUGGUCUGCGUGUCACUUACAAUUCAAGAAGACGAUCUUUUUCCAAAGAGAAUAUGCACGGCUUGCGAAGAAUCGGUGAACACGUUCUAUGCCUUUCGCGAAACUUGUUCCCAAGCUUACUUCAUGCUGAUUCAAAACUACGGAAACGCCAAGGAUCUCGUCAAAGAAUCAGAGUCAAAACUGAAAGAUGAUUCUGAAUGUUCAGAGACUGUCGAAAAAUCUUUAUCCGAAGAAAACGAACGGAACCUAUGCGGUGGAGAGUUAACAGGUGGACAACAAGUUCUAUUAAGGAAUGAUCUAGAAUCGCAACCAAAUCCGAAGGAGAAAUGUUACUUUGGUGAUCAGUGCUUAGAGAAGCUUCCAGACAUAGAAAAUGUUACAAAACAUGAAAAUUCCAAUAACGAUUUUGAUCUGGAACGAAAUAUACCCGAACAUCAUAUCAUGUGCCUUGAUACGGAUCAACGUUCUGUUGAUGAAAUAAUUUUGGAAGGUGGAACUAACUCUGAAAUUGUUGAAAAAACUUGUAACAAUGAUAUAGAGGGUUCGGCAAAGGAAAUUUGCUUUAAGGAUAAAUCAUUGCUGAUAGAUAAUGCUACGAAAGAUGAAACGCCUGUAGAGAAAUUUACAGGAAGGGAAACUGAUGAAGAUUUACAAACUUUCAAAGAAUCAAGUUCGACUUUAAAUGAAAUUUCAUCAACUAAUGUCAAUGUCGACGCAGAUUGUUACCAAGUUGAAGAAAUCCAUCAGGAAAUACGUUGUGGAAAGUACAUCGAACAACAAAUUAGAUAUAAAUGUUUGCGGUGCAAAAAUAGCUUCAGUGACUUAGAUUCAGUUACGGCACAUUAUGCAGAUUAUUGUCAGCCAAAUGAUUGUCAAGAAAUCGAACAGACGUCUGCAGAAUCGAACGAUGCUGAGGGCAGUACCAAUUACUUGAAUGCUUUUGCAUACUUGGAUGAAAAUUUUGAGUUGGAAAAUGAAGACAUGCCGACAUUGGAAAGCUUAAAUAACUGCUCUGUGAUCAAAGACUCUCAGUGUUCAGAGUCGAAGAAAAUUAACGGAUUAGAUGGAGCAAACGAUGAACAGAUAUCUAUCCCUGGGAGGGAAAAGAGCAUCGCUUUGGCAUCAAGCGACGUCUGCGUUGUGAAAGUGAAAGAGAAAUUCCGUGAAUGGACAAGUGAGACACAAUUAAUAAAUUCGGAUAGAGAACGAAAGAGGAGAGGACGUUGUCCAAGAAAAGUCGAUCACCCUUGCUCAGAAUGUGAUAGAAUAUUUGCCAGCAGUUCGUUAUUGAAGAGGCAUUCUUCGGUACAUUCUGGAGAACGACCAUACGCAUGUGAAAUUUGUGACCGACGAUUCGCUCAGUUGGGACAGUUGAAUUUUCACAAAAAAUUCCACAGCAAUCCACGUUAUCGAUGUUAUAUUUGCAGCAAGCCUUUCCUUAGACCGAGCGAUAUUGAAAAACAUAUGCGUACACAUACGGGCGAGAAACCGUUCGACUGUAAAAUAUGUUUGAAAUCGUUUGCUCAGCUUGGAGCUUUGCAACAACAUUCAAGAAUUCACUCGGGUGAGAAACCGUACUCUUGCGAAAUUUGCGGCAAGAAUUUUUCCCAGAAGGCAAAUAAAACUAAGCAUGUCAAAAUACACAAGGAAGGUGAAAGGCCUCAUACUUGCGACAUAUGCGGGCGAAGCUUUUCUGAAUUGUCAGAAAUGGAAUUGCACAGGGCAGGGCACGGAGGAGGUAAACCCCGAAAAUGUGAUCACUGUGAGGACAGUUUUAGAAAAUUAUCAGAGUUAAAUGAUCACGUAAGACGGUUUCACACUUUUGAAAGACAACACAAGUGCAUGUUCUGCUCAAAGGAAUUUUACUCGAUAUAUAAUUUAAAGCAACAUGUGAUGGUGCAUACGGGACAAAAACCUUUUGCCUGUUCUAAAUGUGAUCUUAGGUUUACACAGAAAGGCAAUCUCACGAAACACUAUGAAAGAAAACAUUCCAAGUUUGUAGAAAAAGGAGAUUGUCAUAUUGUUGUCAACGAAAAAUCGUUUGAUGGUGAUAAUUUAUUAUUUGCCGAGGCUAGCGUCAAUCAAGUUAAUACCAUUGAUCGGCUAAUUGUGGAACGAGAAGAAACGAUCGAAAUGAAUGCUCAGGCUGUUCUCAGGAAAGAUUUUUCAUGAUUGCC